AUGAUCGACUCUCUCGUUGAUGCUGUGACCAACACGAGGAGAUCGUACGGAGCUGCUGCGUCGGGACCCGUAGGACUGACAAUACGCACGGAGAGUGAGUUCAUUGAUCGGCUUCACCAAUAUAUAUUACCAAGAAUAUUUACCACGAUGAACUGGCGCACGAACCAGGCUCUGUACUAUUCCCCAGAGGUGCUAGCAGGAAUGGAUGCAAGCAGCAUUUGCUUCCCUGUAAAUGGGAAAAGUGUACGAACUCCACGGUUUUGCCAAGAGUUGUGGAUCAACUUUAGACGGACAUGCGCAUCGACCGAUUUUAAAGGUAGGAGUGUCGGACUGCUGUAUGUUCAUACAAUGCAACGCCUUCGAGAUGCACAAGCGCGUUUUCCCAGCUUGCUGGUGGACUUGACGUUUCUAGAAAGUCUGGAAGACUUGCAGACAUGCCGAGGUGGGCUCAGCUCAGUUGGAUAUCGAAGGUCGGAUGUGAGCACGAUUAUCCGUGCUCGGAAUUGCAGUGGCAAGGAAGAUCACAGCGCGUGUGAAACCUUGUACGUGGAGGAUUAUCGAUACGAGGCGGGGUUCCUCUUGUCCGAUGUGGUUGAGUGG